CUUUAGUCUUUACACUUUACACCCACAGCCUCAUUUUGUUUCCUUUGUUUUUAGCCAUCAAAGGCUUUAUUAAGCUGAACAAUGGGCAAUUGCUGCUCAGUCCAAAUUGGUUUAGAGAAUUUCAUCAUUCGUGGCUUGGAUUCCAUUGCUGGCCAUGCUAAUUACAUAUGCAAGCUUAAACAAACUCUUCCAACUUUAUCUGCUGCUCUUCAAGAACUUAGGGCACAAAGGAAUGAUGUGCAAAGGCAGGUUGCUGUGGCUGAACAACGACUAUUGAAGCGACUUGAGCGAGUUCAGCUAUGGCUUUCAAAAGCGGAAACUAUGAUAAUAGAGGCUGAAAGAGUGGUUGAAGAUGGCCCUCAACAAAUGAAUAACUUGUACCUCGGCGGCUGUGCUUCCAAGAGUUGCCUGUCUAGCUACAAGUUUGGUAAAAAAGUGGCCAAAAUGCUUCAAGAAAUAAAUGAUCACAUGAGUAAGGGAGCUUUUGAGAAGGUAGCGGAGAAUCAACCCGCAACUUCAGUGGUAGUUAGACCUGAAGAGCAGCCGAUUGCUCUAGAAUCCACAAUCCAAAAGGUAUGGAGCUGCAUUGUGGACAAAGAUGUGGGGGUCAUUGGCCUCUAUGGCUUAGGGGGUGUUGGCAAGACAACACUCUUGACCCAAAUUAACAACAAGUUCAGCACCACACCGAAUGGUUUCGAUGUUGUUAUCUGGGCUUUGGUGUCUAAAGAUUACGAUGUUGGAAAGAUUCAAGAUAGGAUUGGUGGAAAUCUUGGGUUUUCGGAUGGCUCAUGGAAGAAUAAAAGUGUUGACCAGAAAGCUACAGAUAUUUAUGGGGUCUUGCGCAGCAAGAGAUUUGUUGUAUUAUUAGAUGAUUUAUGGAAGAGGGUGGAUUUGAACCAAGUCGGGAUACCAAAACCAAGCCAAGAAAAUGGUUCCAAACUUAUUUUCACUACUCGGUCUUUGGAAGUAUGUGGCGAAAUGGGAGCUGGAAAGAAAAUCAAAGUUGAGUGCCUGGAAUCGAAGAAGGCUUGGGAAUUGUUCCAAGACAAGGUUGGACAUGAAACUCUUAAUAGCCAUCCAGAUAUUCCAAACCUAGCUAAACAAGUAGCUGAAAGGUGCGGUGGGUUGCCUCUUGCACUAAUUACAAUCGGUCGUGCCAUGGCUUGCAAGACAACGCCUGGAGAAUGGAAAUAUGCAAUUGAGAUGUUGAAGCGAUCUGCAUUACCAAAAGUGGAAGAAGAGGUAUUUCCACUUUUAAAAUUCAGUUAUGAGAAUUUGCCUAUCACUAUGAAAUCUUGCCUGCUAUAUUGUUGCAUGUAUCCGGAAGAUUAUCGUAUUCCUAGAAAGAGAUUAACAGAGUAUUGGUUUUGUGAAGGGUUGUUGAAUGAAUUUGAUAGAAUUAGUGAAGCUCAAAUGCAAGGUGACUACAUUAUUAGCUCUCUUCUUAGUGCUUGUUUAUUGGAAAGAGGUGGUGAAAUAGGUGGAGAAGAUUGUGUAAAGAUGCAUGAUGUGAUUCGUGACAUGGCUUUAUGGAUAACAUGCGAGCUUGAAGCAAGUGAGAAUAAAUUUUUUGUAAAAACAGGGGUUCAAUUACUUGAAGAACCAGAUGUUAAGGCAUGGGAAGAUGCAAAAAGAAUGUCAGUGAUGAAGAAUAAGAUUGAAGUUCUCAGAGGAACACCUAAUUGUCCUAACCUUAAAACAUUGUUUCUUAGAGAAAAUAAGUUGGAGGUGAUCAGCGAUGGCUUCUUCCACUUUAUACCUCAUCUAACUGUUCUCAACUUGUCAGAAAACAGAACGAUUAGAGCAUUGCCUAAGGGAAUUUCUCAAUUGAUUGCACUAGAAUGUCUUGAUCUAUCUUAUACUGGUAUAACAGAGCUGCCAAUAGAGUUGAAAUCCUUGAAAAAACCGAAGAUGUUGGAAUUGAGUUACAUGUACUAUCUCAGAAAAAUCCCACCACAUCUGAUAACUAGUUUUUCCAAGUUGCAAAUAUUUAGAAUGAAUCAUUGCCAGAUAACUGAAGAUUAUCCAGAGGAAGACAAUGUUCUAAAUGGGAAUAAUGAACUUCUCAUAGAGGAAUUGAAAAGCUUGCAACAUUUGAACAUAAUAAGAAUUUGGAUAAAAGGCAUGUCUGCACUAGAAAGAUUUCUAAGCUUCCACUUAUUUCGAAGCUACACUCAAGCACUGCAAUUGAGUAAUUUUAGAGAAUCAAAUGUGUUCAAUGUUUUAUGCUUAGAAAAUAUGGAGCAUCUAGAGGAAUUAUGUUUCCAAUAUUGUGAAAGUACAGAAGAGAUGAAAAUGGAAAAGCUUUCUACAAGUAUUAAUUAUGCUCCAUGCUUUCCCACAUUGAACCGCGUUUCAAUUCUGAAUUGUAACAAAUUGACAGACGUGACCUGGUUGAUUCUUGCUCCAAAUCUAAGGUUUCUUUCCAUUUAUGGAUGUGCAAAAAUGGAAGAAAUACUAAGUGAGGAAAAACUUGGUGAAGUUACAGACGUGGUUGGAAUUCCAAACCCAAAACCAUUUAUGAAGCUUGAAACACUUGACUUAGGCAAUCUACCAGAAUUGAAGAGCAUAUACUGGGAUACCCUACCCUUCCCAUGUCUGAAAACUAUUUGUCUAUGGUGGGGAUGUCCAAAAUUGGAGAAGCUUCCUCUCAACUCUCACACUACAGAAGGGAAUCAGGUCACCAUUUUGGGAAGGGAAGAUUGGUGGGCAACUAUAGAAUGGGAGAACGAAGCCACCGCCGGUGAUGCAUUUUUGCCCUCUUUUAGAACUGUUUUUAAAUGAAAUGUACAGAUUUCUAAUCACUGCAAAGUGCUUCAUGCUGUUUUUAUCUCUUUUUUCUCUCUCUCAAUCGGUUGCUUCUAUUUCCAUUUAGCUACCAUUUUACUUCUUUGUUCUAUCAUAGAAACACCAGAUUUUGUACGAAUCUAAAUCAUUAUUCCUAAAUAUGAUUUUGAUAAA